AUGUCUCUCGAGUCCUACAGCGAGCGUCUCAAGGACGCCCUCACCGACUCCAACCAAGUCACCCUCUCCCGCAUCCUCUCCGCCAUAACCUGGCUCAAAGCCGAAAACAACGAGAUCUCCGCAGAACUCGUCCAGCAAUACGACCUCCCCAACAUCGUCUCCCAAAUCUCCGAAAACGAGUCCCUCCCCGAGCCCCUCCGCCUCCAAGCCGACCGCCUCCUCUCCCGCUGGUCCCGCGGCAUCUUCGACGCGCCCCACACGCCCGCCUCGCACCGCCGCACAGGCCCCGGCGACCUCGGGCUCGUGGUCGGCGACGUCUGGCCCGACCGCGAGAGCAUGCACCGCGAGGGCGUGCACGCGUCGCUGCAGGCCGGCAUCUGCGGCGACCACAACUACGGCGCGUACAGCAUCGUUGCGAACGGCGUGUACCGCGACGAGGACAAGGGCGACGAGAUCUGGUACUGCGGCACCGACGCCAAGGGCGACCGCCGGCCGACGAGCUACACGAAAUACCUCAUGCGCAGCGUGGCGCUGGGGAAUCCGCUGAGGGUGUUCCGCGGCAAGGAUUGUCCGGGCACGUUUGCGCCGCAGAAGGGGUUCCGCUAUGAUGGUAUGUAUCUGGCGGUGGAUAAGAGGCAGCCGCCGAGGAACUUUACGAAGCCGGCCAAGGGGGAAGGGAAUUUUGAGUUUUUGCUGAGGAGGGUGGAGGGGCAGGCGGCGAUUCAGAAGGGGAUGCCGGAUUCGACCACGCUGGCGCACUGGCAUGCGCAGAAGUUGGAGGCGGCCAGGGUGGGGAAGUGA